CCUGCUCCCUGGGACUCCGUGGGACUCCGUGGGACUCUGUGGGACUCUGUAGGACUCCGGCUUCCUCCGCAUCCCGACAUGGCGCUGCCUUGGGCCCUCGCGAUUCUCAGCCUCCUUCCUCUGGUGAGCGCCGAUAGUGCGCACCCAGAGUGCGCCAACUUGACAGGGACGCCCAUCACCAACUCUUCUCUGGACUUGAUCUCUGGCAAGUGGUUCUACAUUGGCUCCGCCUUCCGCCACCCGGAGUUUAUCCAGUGGGCCAAGUCGGUCCCCUCGUCUGUUGUGUACUUCACCCCCAACCAUACGGAGAGCGUGGUCUACUUCCAAGAAUACAUCACCCACGAGGACAAGUGCCUCUACAACUCCAGCCACUUGGACGUCCAGUGGGAGAAUGGGACCUUGUCCAGAAACGUGCUGGGCGUCCAUUACUUAGCCUACGUGAUACCCACCAAAGACCCUGCCAUCUACAUGUUUGCUUACUACCCGGAAGACAAGGAGAAGAUGGGGCUGUCUCUCUACGCCAACACAACACAAGUGACCCCGGAGCAGAUGAGCGAGUUCCACGGGGCCGUCAAGUGCAUGGGCUUGGAGGUGUCGGAAAUCAUCAGCACGGACGAGACGAAGAGCCUGUGUGGGCCCCUGGAGAAGCAGCACGAGGAGGAGAGGAAGAAGGCAAAGGAGGAAGCAGCAUAGGAUUAGAGCUCGGCGACUCGGUGGUACCUUGGCUCUUUCCUCCAAAGCGUCAAUAAAGUGUUUCCUCUGGA